AUGACGUCAUCUGUGACGUUUGUGAUCAUUAUAUCCUGCUGUGCGAUUCUUGUGCCGUGUGUGGACUCUUGGGGUUCGUCUUGCUCCCAAGGCCCACCGGGGCCUCCGGGACCUCCAGGCCCCCAAGGAUCGGGUGGCGAUUCCGGUGCACCCGAAUACUUAGACUAUAACAACUGGAGACAAUGUGCUUGGAGAUCAGCCAAUGGCAACGACUAUGACACCAAUAUUCAGACAUGCACCUUCCAGAAACGCUAUUCAGACAGCGCCCUCUAUGUCGCUUACGGGGGUAACCUUCGACUGUACGGGUGCCAUGGUUGUUGCAAGAGAUGGUACUUUACCUUUAACAACAACGAGUGCUCACCAAUCCCAAUUGAUGGCGUCGUGUAUCAGGAAAAUACGUACCAUAUGAAUCUACACAGGCACAGAAACAUAGAAGGUUACUGCCACACGCUGGGUUCGGGACAAGUUGACGUCCGUUUUGCCAUUGGUGAUUGUCCUGGAUACGGCAACGCAGACGGCUACUCUGGGUGGAACAGCGUCUCUCGUAUCAUCAUACGAGAGGUUCCUGCCUCUCCUUACGGAUACUAA